UUUAUUCUUGCCAUUUGAUAUACAGAUUCAAACAGAGAAGAGGUCGACAUCACUGAAAGAAAAACUUGCAGUUGUCACACCUAUGGUAGAAGAUCUGAGGAUGAAGAAAGACGAAAGAAUGAAACAAUUUGCGGAUAUAAAGGCACAAAUUGAAAAGAUAAGUGGGGAAAUUUCUGGAUACAACCAUCUUAGCAAUACUAUGAUCAUUUCAUUAACCCUUGAAGAACAGGACUUAUCACUAAGGAAACUUGCUGAAUAUCAAACAUAUCUUCAUAGUCUUCAGAAGGAGAAGUCAGAACGUCUUAGUAAGGUUUUGGAGUGUGUGAAUGAGGUACAUGCUCUUUGUGGUGUGCUUGCUUUGGAUUUUGGGCAGACUGUGAGUGAUGUUCAUCCGAGCUUGCAUCGGAUGAAUCAGGAGCAAUCUACAAAUAUCAGCGAUAGCACUCUAGAGGGUCUAGAACAGGCUAUCAUCAAAUUGAAAACAGAAAGAAAAGUUCGAGUUCAGAAGCUGAGAGACACUGUGGCAUCACUCUUUGAACUUUGGAAUUUGAUGGACUCACCACAAGAAGAGAAGAAUAGAUUUUCCAGAAUUACUUCUAUUUUUAGAUUAUCAGAAUCUGAAAUUACAGAUCAAGGUGUUCUUUCAAUGGAGACAUAGAACACAGAAGUGGAGAGUCUCGCAAAACUAAAAGCAAGCAGAAUGAAAGAACUUGUCAUGAAAAAGAGGUCCGAGUUGGAGGAAAUAUGCAGAAUGACCCACAUUGAACCCGAUACAAGCACCUCUGCAGAGAAAUCAAGUGCUAUGAUUGAUUCUGGACUAGUGGAUCCCUCCGAACUUCUUGCAAAUAUUGAAGCACAGAUAAUCAAGGUUAAAGAUGAGGCAUUGAGUCGCAAAGAAAUAAUGGAUAGGAUAGACAAAUGGCUUUCUGCCUGUGAAGAGGAAAGCUGGUUGGAGGAUUAUAAUCAAGAUGAGAACCGCUACAAUGCUGGGAGAGGUGCCCAUAUUAAUCUUAAACGUGCAGAACGUGCUCGAAUAACUAUAAGCAAGAUUCCUGCUAUGGUUGACAAUCUGAUAAGCAGAACACUAGCAUGGGAAGAUGAAAGGAAGAAGUCAUUUUUGUAUGAUGGGGUUAGGUUAGUGUCUAUCCUGGAGGAUUACAAACUGACCAGGCAACAAAAGGAAGAGGAGAAGAAGAGAUACAGGGACCAAAAGAAGCUGCAAGAUCUUCUCCUCACAGAGAGGGAAGCCAUGUAUGGAUCCCGGCCUAGUCCAAUAACAAACAACAGCUUUACGAAGUCAAAUGGAUACCGUGUAAAUGGAAACGGGUCCAUGACUCCGACACCUCGUCGCAACUCAGUGGGUGGUGCAACUCCUGAGCUGCUAACUCCGCGGUCCUAUUCUGGGCGUCAAAAUGGGUAUUUCAAGGAAAUGAGGAGGUUAUCUACUGCACCUCUGAACUUUGUGGCCAUAUCAAAGGAGGACACUGUCUCCUCAUAUACAUCAAUCUGCGGUUCAGAGCCAGGUUCUCCUCCACAGGGUUGAACUCCUAAUAGCAACUGGCUAUCGGUAAAAGUUUCACGUUUGACAACUAUACACUCAAUUGAAGCAGCAGCGGCGGCAGCAGCAGCAGCAGUGUCUUGUGAAUAUUGAAGGGGGGGUUGUACACUAAUGUAUGGUUGCGGGUUGGUAGAAGGUACUUUUUGACAGUGGUGACUGACAUAGAGAAGGUGCAUGUGAAUGUUAUUUGCUUUGAAGGGACUACACGCAAUAGAUUACAGUUUUAAACUACUUAAAAGCUUGUCUUUUGGGAUAAGGGGAACUAAUCUUGGGAGUGUUGUAGAUAUAGAUGACUGACCAUAUGUCAGUUUUUGCUUGAUGUUUUCUAUGUCCUUGUAUAUAUGUAAGUGUGAUGCUAUGUCAUUGGGUGUAGGAAGUUUGAAAAAACCAUAUGGAACAUAUGUAGGAGGAUCUUAAAGUUGCUAUGCUUCUCGAAUAAUGGAUAUAUGCCUGCCGUUUGAGGAAUUUU